AGUGCUGUACAAUAGUGGCACCGGCGCUGCUAAGAAACCAGAUCAGAGGCACAGAGCCAAGUACACUAACCAGCCCUUCAGUAUUUCUCCCAUUCUUGUCUCAUGUCUGAGCCGUGGUUUGGCAGCUCUAGUGUUUCUAAAGUUUCUCUAAUCUACUUCUGAACCAAGCAAAGUAGCAAAUGUCAGUUUUCCUCCAGGUUUGUGAGUCCACCUGCUUCUGCUACAUUGUUUCAUGAAUCAGAACCAACAGUUCAGGGGCUAUUAAACAGUCAGACAGGCGCUGCCAUCAGUAGCAGACGCAGUCCCAUUUAUUUCACCAGACUGAAUCAGGGGGUCCUGGAAUCCAAAAUAUCUCCAAUAUGCUUGUUCAAAUACUUGUUCCAAGGCGGUAUAGAAUGCAGUGCAGGCUGCAGCGUGGCUCUGAACAGGUGGCUAAUCAUGCAGCAUGUGUGGUUGAGCAGUGCUGUGGUCUGUUUUGCUGAGCUUCCUGCUGCUGGCUGCACUGGUCAGGGUCAUGAGGGGUUGAAUAGAGGAAGUAGUGCAAGUGCUACAGGGGAGUGAGUCAGGACACUACUGUUUUGUCUCCAGACUGUGUGUGUGCUGCCAGGAUAGGGUUAAUUGCUGGACCACUGGGCUGUCAGACAGUGAGAGGGGAGGGAAGGGGCACACACAGUAGAAGGAGGAAAGAGACAGAGAGAGCUGCUCCCCCUCCUUAUAUUCCCCUGACAAUACAACCAUUGGAUGACGUCACAAUCAGGGGGAGUGCUCUGUGCGACUGUACACUCUAUGUGUAACACACAUCACUUCCUCACUGCUGCCUCUGCCAUUCUCAUACUGGACUUAUAUCCCACAGGGGCAAAGGGAAGGAGCCACUCCAGCGCUGCUCACCUCCUGGAUGUUUUAUACAGCAGCUCCCCCCAGGCUGUAGCACCCCAUGGCUUGUCUGCCCAACAAUGAGCUCCACAACCUGGCAACCAGGAGACUCUAUUCAAGGAUGGAGGCCUCCUGCUUGGAGCUAGCAUUAGAAGGGGAACGUCUGUGCAAGGCCGGCGAUUUCAAAGCUGGAGCCGUUUUCUUCGAAGCUGCAGUACAGGUUGGAACUGAAGACCUGAAGACGCUUAGUGCCAUAUACAGUCAGCUUGGCAAUGCUUAUUUCUACCUGAAGGAGUACUCCAAAGCUCUUGAAUAUCACAAACAUGACCUGACUUUGGCAAGAUCCAUCGGAGACCAUAUUGGAGAAGCCAAGGCGAGCGGGAAUUUGUGCAAUACCCUAAAGAUCUUGGGCCAGUACGAUGAGGCUAUUGCUUGUUGCCAGAGGCACUUGGAUAUUUCUCUAGAGCAGGGGGACAGGGUGGGUGAGGCGCGAGCUUUGUAUAAUGCUGGCAAUGUGUUCCAUGCCAGGGGAAAGCAGUUAAGCUGGAAUAUGCCCCAGAUACCCGGAGACCUGUCUGAGGAUGUCAAGGAGACUCUAGAAAAAGCCACAGAAUAUUACCAGAGGAACUUGGCACUUGUAAAAGAACUGGGAGACAGGGCAGCCCAAGGUCGGGCAUAUGGAAACCUUGGCAAUACCCACUACCUCCUUGGCAACUUCAGUGAGGCCAUUGCCUUUCAUAAAGAGAGACUGGCCAUAGCCAAGGAGUUUGGAGACAAGGCGGCAGAGAGGAGAGCGUACAGCAACUUGGGAAAUGCCCACAUAUUCCUUGGGAAGUUCGAUGCAUCCGCAGAAUAUUACAAGAGGACCUUGCAGCUCUCCCGGCAGCUGAAAGACCAGGCGGUGGAGGCCCAGGCUUGCUAUAGUCUGGGCAACACUUACACACUGCUGCAGGACUAUGAGCGGGCUAUAGAGUUCCAUCUCAAGCACCUUUCCAUAGCACAGGAACUGGGAGACAGAGUGGGUGAAGGUCGUGCUGCGUGGAGCUUGGGAAACGCUUACGUAUCAUUAGGGAGCCAUGAGAAAGCUCUGGCCUAUGCCAAGAAGCACCUGGAGAUAUCUGAGGAGAUUGGGGACAAGAAUGGCGAGCUGACAGCGCGAAUGAAUGUAACGCAGCUACUGUCGGCCCUCGGCAUCCACGAUGGAGGCUCUUCUCCCCAAUACGAUGGCUACGAGGCUCAAGGUGCCAGGCCGAAGAGGUUCCAGCGCCACAGCAUGGACAGCCUGGAAUUAAUCCCAUUUCCCUCCAACAAGGAGCAAAAUGGAGACAGCCACCACACACCCGACAUUAAAAAGGACUUUGCAGCAAAGCUAUGCCAGAGCAAAAAGUACCGCCACCACCACAUUUCCACGGAGGCAAAUUCGCAAGAGGUCUCUGCUCUGGAUACCAAUGACGUCAGGGUACAGAUGCCCCCCCUGAAAAUCAAUCGGGCCCCUUCGGAUGAGGAAUGUUUCUUUGACCUACUGAGUAAAUUCCAGAGCAACCGGAUGGACGACCAGAGAUGCACGUUAGAGGAGAGCCAGACGGGAAUCUCGGAGGCCUCGGCUAACCCUGUGCCAGCAAUGGAGGACCGGAUAUCCACCUCCUCAUUAAUGGCGUCGCCCCAGACAGAGGAGUUCUUUGACUUAAUUGCCAGUUCACAGAGUCGGCGACUGGAUGACCAGAGAGCGAGCGUGGGCAGCCUGCCAGGGCUGCGGCUAACGCACAACAACAUGGGCCACCUGAAAGUGGAAGGGGACCAGCAGGAGCCAGGAGACGAGUUCUUCAACAUGCUCAUGAAGUGCCAGUCUUCCCGGAUAGAUGACCAAAGAUGUGCCCCCCCAGACACCAUCCCGAGGGGUCCCACCAUGCCUGACGAGGACUUCUUCAGCCUCAUCCAGAGAGUCCAGGCCAAGCGCAUGGAUGAACAGCGAGUGGAUCUCCCCUCAAACCAGGAGGAAGAAGAUGCACAGCCAGAAGGGGAUCAGAGAAUGAGCAACAGCUAAGUUUGAGGGACCCCCCCCCAAACCCAGGAUAGACAGACAUCGGCCUUUCCAAAGGAAACAACCUCCCAAGUGCUGCUAUUUAUGAAAGCACAGAGACAAGUAUCUGCCCAGACCAUGCCAAUAAGCACUGCGGGCAGGAGACUCGGUUACCCCCCAAGUGUUUUUUGGGACAAAUCAUUGCUUUGUUUUUUUUUUUUAACUUAUAGACUGUUCUCUUAGCCAAUGAACUGAUGCCAAACGGAGCAGGACACAUGCCCCUCCCAACCCAGGGGCAGUUUCUAUUAAGGGCAGUAAGUGCCGCGCCAAGAUGGCAACUUCUGCAAUGGCAGAACCCGGCCUGUUGUAGUGGGCAGAGGAUAUAUAGUGAAUAAAGUACCCCCUCUUGUAAAAUAUAAGGAUAUUAUAAGUUACAGAGGAGAUUCCGAGUGAGUUCAUGGAGCUCUGUACUACACGGCCCCCCAUAUUAGCCACAGGCUCCUGCAAUCAACAGCAUCACAAUUCAUUGCAUUGGAUCAAACUAAUCUGGUUAGAGAUUUACACCCCAAGGCACAGGUCGUACAUUCCAAUCACAGAGAGGCCCCCUGCAGAUCUGAAAUUGGGACUCUGGGGCUCUCGGGACUAAGGAACCACAUACUUGAAUGUAUUAGACCGGAGAUGUCCAACCAGUGGGCUUCCUGGGAGUUGUAGAUGAACCGCAGGUUGGACACCCCUGUUUUAGACUAAUUUAUUUUCCAAUGGGCAUUUGCUGACUUGUCCUUUAGGAGUAGAAUCUACAGAGAAAGGUACAGAGACAAACUGCCAAAUAUAAUAUAAUAUAUACAAUGUUUUGUGAUUCAUAAAAAUAUUUUGUGGAUGAA